AUGGCCUCCUCAGCCUCGACCUCCUCGACCUCCGUGGUCCAGAUUGCUCCCCUGUCCCCUGUUAUGACGAGCAGCCCCAGGACUGCCUCUGCCUCUGAGCAGCAACCGCGCGUCUACGACCCCAUUGACGAAUUCUUUGGGUACCGAUUCGCUUCCUCUGCCACACACGAAAGCCGACACGACCGCACCGGCAGCGUCGUCCUCGACGCCGAGGCUCUCCCAGCAUACGCUGAAGAAGACGACAGCCUCCCCAAAUACACACCCCACGCCGAGCCCGUCACGCUCGCCAUGUAUCUGUUCAAAUUCGGUUUCUUGUUCCCAUUAUUCUGGAUCUUCGGCGCUUUCAUCCUCAUUUCGCCUCUGCGCGAGCCGCCCAUGGGCGAGCCUGCCUCACCUGCGUGGAUGCCGGAGAAGACUGAAGCUGAGCGCCAGGCGUUUAUUGCUCAUAUGCGCAAGGCUGAGCUGAAGUGGGCGAAGAGGUGCCUUUGGGCUAUCCUCAUCCUCGCCACGCUCGCUACUGUUGGUGGUCUCGCUGUGUGGACCAUCAUGCGACAUUAA